AAUAUUUGGCUUGAUUGAUUUCAUUAAAGGGCAGCAAUUACAUCAGAAAACUACUUGAAAUAAAGCUGACUGUCUCUGAGCUAUGUUUCUAAUGCAUUUUGAAAUCUUUUAACUUAAUGUAUUUUAGUUUGUCUGCAGCUACUUGAGUAAUGUAAGAGGGAACAGUUUGUUUCCUUCAGAAUGGAGAUACUAUUUGUGAAAUAGCCUUUCCAGGAGUGAGUCACUGAUGAAAGGAGGAAGUUCAUUUAAUGUGCUCCCAUGAAAACUGCAAAAAGAAAACUGAGUUUUCAGUUUGUCUGAAAGAAAACUGAGGGUUGAUAAAGUCAGGCAGCAUUAAAUAUGGGAUCUUCAGCUGAAAUAAACUCUUUCCUUUUGUUAUGAUUUUGAUAGCACUCGAAGUCAAGAAUUAUGUCUGGAGUGUCAAAGAUUUAACAUCUCAAACUGCUGAGCCAAACUGAGUCCUUGCUAGAAGCAAGUACUGCAGGAAGUGCUUGGUCCAGUCACAUGUAAUGAACUCUGAGGCACAGCCACCUCCGUGGAGGCAGGGGACCUGGCAGCAAAGAGGGCACAGAUUGCACGUCCAGAGUGAACAUCAGUGCCCACCCAGAGCAGCUCUUUCCUGGGCAUGACCAGGGGCUGCUCUGGCUGUGAGCACGAGGUGCAGCCAGACACCACUUCUGCCUUGUGCAUCCCGUGUGCCUCUGGAUUGCCUGCACAGCACAGAAAGGACUCCCAGGAGGCACCUUUCACCCCAGAGAGCUCCCAGCACAAGUCCUGCUGGAGGGUGGUGCUGCCAUGGAACACAGGGAGCCUAUGGGCCAAGGUCAGGCCUGGAAUUCAGCUCCACUGAUUGCAGCUGGUGGUGUCUGAUCAGCACCACGUGGAUCAGUUGGGAUUGGCUGACUUCAACUAAUAGUAGUCAUUUUAGAUUUAUUUUAAUUGUACUCAAUGUCAGAAGCUUCAUCCAGGGCCCUUCUUAUUAGAUAUGAGCUCUUACUGGAGCCUGUUUUAUAGGCUAUAAAUUUGUAGUCAUUAAUCCAUUCAGAAAAAAAGGCCAUCUCUUAGUUCCUCACUGUCCAGUCCUGAUGGAUUCACGACAGCUUUCAUUCAGCAAAAUGAAACUUUGUUACCUUUCCUUCUAGGCCUUUUCAGCACAUUCUGCCAGAUUCAGGCCUGCCCUCCAGUGGAUGUAUUGUCUGCACUUUGGUCUGGCUUGAAUUCCCUGUAGGAAAAAACAUUCUUGAAAAAAGCCAAUCCAAAUCACAUAGAACUACGGGAAAAGCUGAACAGUUUUGAAGGAGACAAUUAAGGCCUUUUCCCUGCUCAUCUCAACAAAAUAUUUAGUAGUAAGAAACACAUUAGAAAUAAAUACAGGAACUGGGGGGAAAAAAGGACUUUCUAGGCUAAUUUAUAAGCUCAUUUGCAAGAAGAAGAAACAAUGUAAGAAAACAGAGAGAAGGAUUAGUCAUACUGUUCUAUUUCCAGUUUGGAAUCAAUAAUGACUUUAUUGGGUUUUAUUUAUAGCAUAUGAAACCCAAAUUAUGUAGGAAUUCUCUUGAGCAGAAGAGGAGGUUUUUAUUAUCAUUAUUUUUUAACAAAAUAAUUAACCUUUCUCUUUUCUGUAUCAACAGGCUUUUCCAUAAGCAACUAUGGAGAGUGGAGUUAGGCCCAUAAAAGAAUGCAAACUGAUUGGAAGCAGGUGGCACCAGCUGCCUGUGGCCAGUGCUGGCUCCAGAAUGACACCAAGGAGUGCUCAUGUGCCGUAUGUGAAAAUCUGAGUGGUACCCAGAGCCAGGGAAGUGACAGCUCCAGCUUGAAGAUCACCUCCAGCAGCACAGGAUAAUGCCCUCCUCACUGUUCACUUCCCUGAUGUUGAACGAGUGGAGUGGCUGAACAAGGUCCUUGUACAGGCUUGGCCAUACUUUGGAACAGUCAUGGAAAAAACAUUUAAAGAAGUUCUUGAACCAAAAAUCAGAGCAAAGAGUGUACAUCUGAAAACAUGCACCUUCACCAAGAUCCACUUUGGCGAGAAGUGCCCUAGAAUUAAUGGAAUAAAAGCCUACACCAAAGAAAUUGAUAGAAGACAAGUUACCCUGGACCUGCAGAUCUGUUACAUAGGGGACUGUGAGAUUCACAUGGAUAUAUCGAAAUUUAACCUUGGCGUGAAAGGUGUACAGUUGUACGGGACAUUGAGGGUGAUCCUGGAACCUCUCCUAACUGAUGCACCUUUUGUUGGAGCAGUGACCUUGUUUUUCAUGCAGAAACCGCAUUUGGAAAUCAACUGGGCAGGCAUGAGCAACCUUCUGGAUGUCCCAGGGAUUAAUGUAAUGUCAGACUCACUCAUUCAAGACUUCAUUGCUGCCCGGCUGGUUCUACCGAACAGGAUCACAGUGCCUCUGAAAAAGAACAUGAACAUUGCCCACUUGAGGUUCCCUGUCCCCCAGGGAGUAAUAAGGGUUCAUCUGUUAGAAGCUGAGAACCUUGUCCAGAAAGACAAUUUCCUUGGUGCCAUCAGGGGGAAGUCUGAUCCGUACGCUCUCCUCCGCGUUGGCACCAUGCAGCAUAGAAGCAAGACAGUGUCCCGAGAUCUUAAUCCCAUCUGGAAUGAGACAUUUGAGUUUGUUGUUCAUGAAGUGCCUGGUCAGGACUUAGAAGUGGAUUUGUACGAUGAAGAUCCAGAUAAAGAUGACUUUAUGGGCAGCUUGCUGAUAGGCCUAGUGGAUGUAAUGAAUGACAGAACUGUUGAUGAGUGGUUUCCCUUAAGUAAGACGACAAGCGGACACUUGCAUUUAAAACUGGAGUGGCUUUCACUAGUAAACGACCAAGAAAAGCUACAUGAGGAUAAGAAGGGUUUGUCUACAGCAAUUCUGAUUGUCUACUUAGACAGCGCCUUCAACCUUCCUAAAAACCACUUUGAGUAUUCGAAUGGUGAAUGUGGAGCAAAGAAGAUCAAAAACAACAAGUACCUCAAGAAGAUGGAACGAGAACCUUCCUCCUUUGUCCUGCUCACAGUUGGGAACAAGACUCAGAAGAGUAAGACCUGCAAUUUCAGCAAAGAUCCCACGUGGGGCCAGGCUUUCACCUUCUUUGUUCACAGUGCUCAUUCCCAGUCACUCCACAUUGAGAUAAAAGACAAGGAGAGGGAUAGUGCCUUGGGAACUUCAGUGAUAUGUCUCUCCCACUUACUUAAGGACCCAAACAUGACUCUGGAUCAGAGAUUCCAGCUGGACCAUUCCAGCUCAGACAGCUUCAUUAAGAUGAAACUUGUAUUGCGGGCAUUGAAAGUUGAAGAACCUGAUCCACAGAGAGUCAAGGCUGGUGUCAAUAACUCAAAGCCAGGUCCUGUUCGUGUCACAGAGAAAGCUGGAAACCAGCAGAAGUUUUCCUCUCCACCACAAGUCUCGAAAGUACCUCCCAUGAGCAAAGACUCUGCAGCACUUGAAUCCCUGCCAAAAAAGGACAGUGGAGAAGACCUGGACACUAAAGACAGUUCAGGAGCCCCUGUACCAAGUGAAACUGUGUCUGGCCUUGAUGAAGCAGAGGGCAAGCAAAAUCCAGAGCAUGGCCCACCAUCAGCAUUGCCCAGCGGAGCAGUGGCCAUGGCCACCCUGCCUGUCCUGCAGGAAAUGAGGGUGGCACCCAGUGUCACUUCACUGGGGUCCCUGCCUUCUUCCUGCUUUGAAUUAAGCAGCAGCAACCUGGACAUUCAUAACGGGACUGAGAUGCCUCUGGGGGAGAUCCAGCUGACGGUGCGUUACGCUUCCAUCCGGCAGAGCCUCGUGGUGCUGGUCAAUGGCUGCAGAAACUUGGUACCCUCUUCCAAUCGUGGAGUCGAUCCAUAUGUCCGUAUAUACCUGCUUCCAGACCGAAGAUGGACAAGCAGGAAGAAGACUUCUGUUAAGAAAAAAACUCUGAACCCCCAAUACGAUGAGAAGUUUGAAUUUUUCGAAUCUUUGGAAAAUGUCAAGAAAAGGACACUGGACAUUGCAGUGAAGAACAGCAGGCCAUUCAUUUCACAGGAGAGGAAGGAGCUGGGGAAAGUGCGCAUUGACUUGUCCCAGGAGGAUUUAAUAAAAGGUUUUGCACAAUGGUAUGAGCUGACAAGGAGCAGACGCAGGAAAAUCUGAUUUCUUCUCAUGUACAGAAGUUACUAAUUUUUCACCUUUAUGUGAAUGUACAUAUUUCUUGUAAUUAACAUGUUUUGCACAGUCAUUGCAAAUUUGAAGCAGGCUCCAGCUCAGGACAUGCAAAUGUAAUGAUCCUGUUCAGGGAUUAGUUCUCACUGAAGUUAAACAUAUUUUCCCCCACAGGGAAUAAUUUGUCCUUAAAGAAUAAGUCCUUUAUUUUUGCUAUUUCUGGCAAACCCCCUCUCAAAGGACCUCUAAGUGUGAAAGCUCUCUUAAAGAAGGGUUGUACCUGGGGAGAUUUUAGACUGUCAGCCAAGUGUCAUUACUUUCCUUGGCAGUCUGAUGGCCCUAGGAGCUUGUUCCUGUUGUUCUGACAUGGAAGUGGUGUACUUUUAAAAGAAUAUAUUUUCAAACAGUAUUUUUCAGCUGUAGGGCUACAGAACCUGGUAAAAGAGAAAAUCUUUAAUAGCUUUUUUUUUUUUUGAAAAACAAAGAAGUUAGCAGUCCACUGUUCAGAAGUACCUUAGCAGACUGUGGCUGCAGGUAUGUAAAUAAUGAGCUUCCAAAAGCAGGAAGAUGACUUGACCAAGAUGUCAUUAAGGUUUUAGUUUGUGACGCCUUAACUGGUUUUGUCCUUUGUUACAGUGCAUUUCAAAAUCUUGUAAACCCAGAUUCUGUCUGAGGAACAGCAAAGUUUUGUAAACUAAGCUUUAAUAAUAUUGAGGCAAAAUAUUUUUGGAAGCUUGGUGUACUUGUUUCUGUACAAUAAACUUCUAAUUGUCUUGCAUAGAAGACUUGAUCUAUUCCUUUCUAAAACAGACUUCUGAAACACAAUGAUGGUAACUUCAAACCAUCACCUGAAGCAAAUUUCAAGUAUUUUUGGCCUAGAUUACAUUAAUCCAGUCUGCUUCAGUCUGUAAUCAGAGAGAAUACUUGCUGAGUAACAAUGUGUUCCCAUCUCAAAGUGAUCUGGAAAUGUGAACAACAUUUUAAAAAAGGUUCUCAGAAAACCAAGACUGAGCAUUUGUGUAAGUGUGAUGGCUAUGGCAAUAAGGGCAUCUUUACCUCAUACUUACUGUGUCAGCAACACCAAAAAUGCUCAGUGGUUGGAG